CUCUCUGGCCGAUGUCAAAACAUAAGCCUCUUGAACAUUCUUGCCUAUUUUGGAGUUUCAGAUAAAGAAUGGUGCCAAGUUUCAAAAUAGUUUGUUGUAGAGAGUUCUGGACUCGCACUUUAUAAGUUUACGGUGGAGUUUCUCAGAAUUAGUUUAUUAAAGGUGCGGUUAGUGUUUGGAAGAGUUGCUGUGUAAAAUAAGGUUACAUUUACUUAUAUAUAGGCUACAUUGCAAUCGUCGAGAUGACUAAGGAGAGCAACAGUGAAGAUCCUUUGAAAUUGAAAGAAGAAGGCAACGCUUCUUUUAAGGAAGGUAAUUUAGCACAUGCUCUAAGUUGUUACUCCAAAGCAAUCAAGUUAUCAAAAGAUGAAACCCCUGAAAAAGCUAUUCUAUUUAAAAAUAGGGCAGCUGUGUAUCUUAAGCAGGAAGAUUUUGCGAAAGCGCUUAAAGAUUGUGAUAAGUCACUUGAGAUAGUUCCAAACGACCCUAAGACUCUCUUUCGUAGGUGCCAGGCAUUAGAGAACCUUAACCGACCAGAAGAAGCGUAUCGGGAUGCCAGACAAGUUCAUACAGUUGACCCAACAAACAAAGCAAUUCAACCUGUGCUUGCUCGACUUCAUGAAAUUGUCCAAGAAAAAUUACGAAUCAAUGCUCAGACAAAUAAUAAAAUAGCCUCCAUGUUCGAGAUAGCAUUUGACUUUCAACAGACUAAAGACAAGCGAGAAUCUGCAAUGAAUAACAUCUUAGUAUUGUCCCGAGACUCUGCAGGGUCAUCAGCUCUUGUUGAUGCUGGUGUUAUUCAAAAGAUAGGAAGCCUUCUCAAAGUGGAAAAGAACAAUGACAUUUUCCUCAGUGGUGUCAGAAUUGUAGGCGAGCUUUGUAGAGGAUCAUUACAAAGGACCAAGAAAGUUUUAGUUGAGUUAGGAAUACCUUGGUUUCUCGAUAUAUUAAAUUGCUCCAAAGAGGAACAAGUAAAUGCAUCUCAGUAUUGUUUGCAGACUAUUUUAAACUCUCUAAGUGGACUAGACAACAAACCAGAUUCAAAACCAGACCAACAGUUGUGUGAAGAAAAUAAGAAAGAGAUUGAUACAUUGUUGACAUGUCUGAUAUACGCUACAACAAGUAGAACAAUGACGGGAUUAGGUAGGGAUGCUAUCAUACAACUAAUUAUGCGCAAUGUUCAUUACAAAGGCAUCGACUGGGCUGAAACAUUGAUUGAAAUUAAAGGUCUCCAAAGGUUGUUGGAAGUAGGAAGUGAACUUCAGGAAUACAAGUAUGAAUCAGCAAUGGAAAUAACAGAAUCCACCCGUACCAUUACAGCAGUUUGCUUAGCACGGAUAUACGAAAACAUGUACUAUGACAAGGCACGUGAAAGAUAUCUUGAAGCUGUCAAUGACUACAUUAAAAGUAAACUUAUCACUCCUGAAAUUGAAUCAAAGGUUAGAGUUGUUGUUGCUUUAACUUGCUUAUUACUUGGACCAUUAGAUAUUGGCAAUACUAUUGUGGCUAGAGAUGGAAUGCUUGAAAUGAUACUGGUUAUGGCCAAUUCUGAGGAAAAGCUUCAACAAAAAGUAGCUUGUGAAUGUAUAAUUGCUGCUGCAUCAAAAAAAGAUAAGAUAAAAACAAUUAUUUCUCAGGGUGCAGAUAUUCUCAAGAAACUGUAUCAGUCCAAAGACGACUCAAUUCGUGUGAGGGCUUUGGUGGGUUUAUGUAAGCUGGGAAGUAUGGGAGGUACAGAUGCGUCAAUAAGGCCAUUUGCAGAUGGUUCAACAACAAAACUUGCCGAAGCUUGUAGACGAUUCUUGAUAAGCCCUUCCAAAGAUGCUGACAUGCGUAGAUGGGCAAUUGAAGGUUUAUCGUAUCUCACAUUAGAUGCGGAUGUCAAAGAAAAGCUCAUCGAUGACAAAAAAGCCCUUCAUGCCAUGGUAGAGUUGGCAAAAUCAGGAAAUCAAGCUUGUGUGUAUCCUACAGUCACUACAUUGGUGAAUCUGUGUAACGCAUAUGAGAAACAAGAAGUUAUUCCUGAAAUGAUUGAAUUAGCAAAGUUUGCAAAACAUCACAUUCCAGAAGAUCAUGAACUGGAUGAUCCUGACUUUGUUUCAAAGCGUUGUGCGGUUUUGGCUAAGGAAGGAAUAAUAAGUGCCCUUGUAGUUCUGUCCAAAACAGAAAGUGAUAAUAGCAAAGAACUUAUUUGUCGUGUAUUUAAUGCAAUAUGUGCAGAAAGAGACCUUCGAGGUAUAGUUGUUCAGCAAGGAGGCGCAAAAGUGCUUUUUUCAAUGGCACUUGAAGGAACCGAUAAAGGCAAGAAAAAUGCAGCCCAAGCUUUAGCGAGGAUUGGUAUCACCAUCAAUCCUGAGGUCGCUUUCCCUGGUCAAAGAUGUGUUGAAAUAAUUCGCCCUCUUGUGAUGCUUCUUCAUCCUGAAUGUACUGCCCUUGAGAGUUUUGAGUCUCUCAUGGCUUUAUGUAAUUUAGCCGGAGUAAGUGAAACUGUACGGAAAAGAAUAAUCAAAGAAGGAGGUGUAACGAGGAUAGAAGGCUACAUGUUUGAAGAACAUCUCAUGUUGAGAAGAGCAGCGACACAAUGUAUGACUAACCUGAUGUUGUCUCCAGACAUUAUAAAGAUGUAUGAAGGCAAAAAUGACAGGGCCAAAUUUUUGCUGUUACUCUGCGGAGAGGAAGACGAAGACACAGCCGAAGCUGCUGCGGGUGCUUUGGCCAUGUUGACAUCUGUGAGUAAAAAGUGUUGUAAGAAACUGUUUGAAGUUGGUUCGUGGCUAGAAAACUUUCAGGAACUUCUUGCAAACCCCAAAUUUGAAAUGCAGCAUCGAGGUAUCGUCAUAAUGUUGAAUAUCAUAAAGUCUUCUAAAGAAUUGGCUGAAAAAGUGAUGUCAACAAACUUAAUGGAACUUUUGAUGGCCUUAUCUAUCAUAAAUGAAGAGGGAAAAGAGAAAAUUAAAUCCAUUGCUGAAGAAUGUCUCAAAGCAGCAGAAGAAUGGAAAAUUAUCAAAAAGCCUGGGGAAGAGGAAGAAGUUUUAUCUGAGGAGGAGGAUUAAGUUCUAAAAAUCUGCACACCAGUUCAAGAUAGGGCAUUGCAAGAAGAAGAAGCUGCAGGUACCUACAACAAAAUUACAAUGCUCACAGCACAUGACCUUUCUAGCCAGUAUUUCGACGUAUUAACAGAUUCUUACCGGGCAAAUGUUUCAG